AUGCAUAUUAGCCAAAUUAUUUCCUACUGGGGCUAUCCUGAUGAAGAGUAUAACAUUGUCACCGAAGACAGUUAUAUCCUUGGCCUUUAUAGAAUUCCUUACGGGAAGAUAAACAAUAAUAACAAUCCAGUUCAGAGGCUUGUUGUAUACUUACAACACGGUUUGCUUACAUCUGCCAGCAGCUGAAUUUCCAAUCUUCCCAACAAUAGUCUGGGCUUCUUUCUGGCAGAUGCUAGUUAUGAUGUGUGGAUGGGAAAUAGCAGAGGAACUACCUGGUCCAGAAAACGAUUAUACCUGGAAACCAAUUCUAAAGAAUUCUGGACUUUCAGUUUUGAUGAGAUGGCAAAAUAUGACCUUCCAGCCUCCAUUGAUUUCAUUGUGAAGCAAACUAGGCAAGAGGAAAUAUUUUACGUAGGCCAGUCAUAGGGCACUACUAUUGAUUUUAUAACAUUUUUCACAAUACCAAAGAUAGCAUAGAGAAUCAAAAUAUUCUUUGCCUUACCGCCAGUUUUUUCCAUAAAAUACGUAAAAAAUCCUUUAGUUAGAAUGACAUACAAAUUAAAGUUAGUAUUCAAGGUUCUUUCUGGUAAUAAAGACUUCUUUCCCAAAACCACAUUUAAAAAAUUUGUUGGUUCAAAGCUGUGUCUACUACAGAUUUUUGAUAAGAUUUGCCUCGAUAUCGUGUUCAUGGUGACUGGAUAUGAUCCAAAGAACUGAAAUAUGGGUCGUUUGGAUAUUUAUUUUUCACAGAACCCAACAGGAACAAAUGUUCAAAAUAUGCUCCACUGGAGUCAGCUUUUAAACUCUAUUCGCUUGAAAGCUUUUGACUGUGGCAGUCCUGAUCUGAACUUGGUUAAUUUUAAUCAGGGACAUAAUUCUACAACUUCUCCAUGGUACAAUAUGACAAAUAUGAAUGUGGCAACUGCAACUUGGAAUGGUGAAAGUGAUUUGGUGACUGAUCCUGAAGAUGUUAAAAUUUUACUCUCUGAAAUCACACACCAUAUUUACCAUAAAACAAUUUCUUAUUACAAUCAUAUAGUUUUGUUUGGAUUAGAUGUCGAUGAUCAAUUUUAAUAUGAAAUCAUUAAUAUUAUCCAAGACAAUGUAUAA